GGCUGCAGAACAACGAGGAGGAGAGCUUUGCGGAUGAUGAAUACGAUAUCGCCGCACUUGGUUCGCUGGAGAGAACAUGGCACGCAAACACGAAGCCCGGAAAGCACUGAGUGAGGGAGUUGCGCAGGAACCCGGGUUCGUGUAUACGUUGGAGGGUCGUGACCGUGCGUUGAAGGCGCGUCAAACCGGCGAUUGGGUACAGGGGAGGGAGGAGGUGUCGGGUCGCGGGCGACGCAAGAAGAAGGCAACGGCAUCGGACGUUGCCGAAGAACAGCCGGUUCAGAAACGAAAGAGGAAGGUUGCGAAGGAGGAUGCACCACCGAAAAAGAAGAGAGGGCGGCCUCCGCUUUCGCCCGCGAAGAAGGCUGCAAAAGCAGCGACACGUGCAGAGGCCGCAAAGGCUGCAGCAACCGAGGCAAGAAGGCCUGCGAGGAAGAGAACGCCUGAGGUGAUCGAGGACGACGAAGAAAAUCCGUGUCCUAGCCAGAAAAAGCAGUCUUCUUCAUCCUCAUCAUCAUCGUCCGAAGACAGUGCGCCGCAGAACAUAGAGGAGGAGGAGGAAAUGUCCCAGCAAUCGGACGAUAGUGGAGAGGCGAACGGGGAGGACCCGUCGCAGGCGGAUUCUCACGGGGAAGAACAGUCAAGGGAGGAGGACGAGUAGACAUUAGCGAAUCAAUAUAUUGAGGGUAG